AUGUCGCACCGGAGCCAAACCGAGCGUGAGGCGCGCAGGAUGGUCGAUCUUCAGCUCAACACCCUGAACCACGCCUACUACAGGCACCUCAGUGCUAUUCCCCAUGUUGAAGAGAGCGUCACCGGCGGGCAAGACCUGUUCGAGGCUUUCCUUGUCGUUCGCGCGACCAACGAGUGGCAUUGUGUAGCCUACUCUUACGGACUCAGCCGCGAAGAGGCCGUGAUUAAGCUGGUCCACAAGCUGCUGGCACAUGAGAUGAGCCUGAGGUUCCAACAUCGUGGCAGGAACAGCCAGCGUGCACCCUUUGCCUCGCGCCCGACCCCUCUGUGUCAAGUUUGGCUCGCCGACAGCCCCAAAGACAGCUCUGAGGUUUGA